UCCUGCCUCCACUGAGGUGGGCAAAAGUAGGACAUUUGGAGUGCUUUUGAAUUUAAAUUUUGAAGGAGCUUGGAAAACACCACCAGCGAGGACAGAGAAAACUUCCUGCUGGAAGUUCACAUGUUCCUGUGAACAACCUGUUGCCCUUCUAACUUGUGGGAAAGGUUAAAAAUACCACAUGGUGCAGUGCAGAUGGGAACAGGAGCAGAAGCAAAGGAAAAUAGGAGGAGAACAGCUGGAUAAAGCAAGAUGCCUGGCUGCAGUGAAACCCAUGGAACAAGUGAAGUGUUCUGUUGCACAGCCACUCCACCAGGCAGUGUAAGAGCUGGCCUGGCAGGGACUCUAGGGUGGCAGCAGGAAGAGCAUUAGCAAGUUCUUGUUAUUCAGCUGUAGAAAAUGGGAAUGUCUCUGUGGCUUGUCUGCAAAAGAGAGAACUUACUUGUCUUCCUCUUUUCCUCACCAAAAUGGGUGCUUGAGAGGAUUUAAAUCAAAUUUAAUCAGAAAGUUGACCCUCACAGGCAAGGCAUAGAUGAGGUACUUGGAAUUAAUGCCAACAUUGUCAGAAAGGGAAUUCUGCUGGAAUGUGCUUAAGGAGAGAUGCUGAUAGCUGGAAAUGAGACCAGUGUGGGUGAGCAGAGGCCUGGAAAACAUGAUCUACAAAAAAAAUGGAAAAGUGGGGUUGCUUAAUCUGCAAAAAUCUAAGAGACAGCAUGAUUAAUCCUCAGAUAUUUAAAUGAUUCAUGCUGAGAAAGGUAGCAAUAAUCUGUUUUUCAUGUACGUUCACAGAAGGGCAAUAGUGAGAUAAAUUAACUGGAAACAUGAAGGUAAAGAUUUUUAUAUUAGUGCAAGCUUCUUAAGAACAGCCCUAGCCAUGGUAUUGCAAGAGGGGAGGCAGAAUCUUCCUUCAUGGCAAUUUAAGAGAAUCUGAAGCUCUAGAGGUGCUAGUCUAGCUUUCCUCAAUGGGUAAGGAAAUGGUCUAGGUUACCUCCUUCCUGCUGCAUUUCCACGGCAUCUGUGACAUUUAUAACACCAGUUUAGCUCCAUUCUUUUUGAAUCUAGCUGCUUCUGGUUUUGACAUACACAAGCCAGGAGCAAUUCAAUUCAACAGUGUUACUUAAUCAUCACACACAUUAAAAUGAUUUGACCAAAGCAAGUGAAAAGCUAGAAUUGCUGCUUGCAGUGAGUAAUAGCUGUUUGUCAGCUUUAAUAACUACUGUAUAAUUCAUGGACAGAAAAGGCUACAAAAAAUGUUAUUUCUUUUCAUUUUGAGAGUUUUAAAUAGUGCCAACAUGCAGUGACUGUGUGUGAUGGAGAUUGCAACACAUGGCUCUGCCUCCUUGGAAGUUAUGAGGGCAGAUGGCCCCAGUCCCCAAAUCCCAUUAUUUUAGUUACCUGUUUUACAGCAUCUGCAUGCUGAGACAAAGAAAACAGAAUAUCUAGAUGAAAAAGAAACAAACCCAGGAUUUUUCUGGAGUUUAUUUUCCUCUGUUAAUUUUCUGAGAAGGAGGUUUGUGGAAGUCAUUGUUUCUGCUCCACUUGCAAGGUGUGAUUUCCCAGCUGCAUGGGUCAGGUGCUGCCUUUUAGCCUGCUCUGCUAGACCUGUAUUGUGUGUGAUGAGCAAGGUCCAGGCAGUGCUUUCUGGAUAUUCUGCCCACCUGUAUCCAGCACUGGUGUAACACAUCUUUGAGCAUGUACACACAUCAGCAUGACAGGACAAGUGCAGCCAAGGUGGGAACCAGGAAAGAGAUACUGCUCACAGUGUUACCUCUGCCAGCACCUCUGCUUUCCCUGGCCCCCAAAGGGUAAUCACUGUGGGUCUUGUCAGGGCUUCUUCCCUACCUGCAGCCUGGACCCUGCAGAAGGUGGGAUUCUUUCCCUGCAGCCCCAGUGAGAACUGGCUACCUCAUGCUCUCUGCCCUAGACAGUCUCUCAGGAAAGGCAAGUAGCCCACUAUAAUGCCCUGUUGCUUUUACUGAAGAACAGUGCACAUACUUCUAAGGAAGUUACUGCAUUUCUUUUUCUUAAUACCAUCUUUUAUAAAUUCUUCAAUAAAAGUGUUGAGUAUCCAAGGGUACAUAAUUUUGGAUUAAGAGGUGUUGAAACAAGUGUUUUAUUUCAUUUCCUGAAAGGUCCCAGUCUGGGUGAUUUUCUUAGUAAAUUUUAUAUAUGUAUUUAAAAAUAAAUUAUAAAGAUUAAAUGAGUACAAAAAAAUUAAACCACAAACAACAACAACAACAAUAAAUAAUCAGAAGAGGGAGUAUUCCCAGUAGUCCUAAUAAAUUUGACACCAACCAUUCAUAUUUCUUAAUACUGCAGAGGGUGUUCAGCCUCUGGCUGUGCUUCCAGGAGACUGUGCCUUGCCUGUUCAGCCAGGUGUGCUGCCUGACCUCUGGCAUCCUCCAAGCAGCACGGUUGGAAACGAACAAGACAUCUUGGAGUUCCCUGCACAGGAUUCCUGUUUCCAGACUCACUCAGAGCACUGUUGCCCAUUGCAGGGAGCAGAAGGGAGCUCAGGCUGGGUGCUGCUCUGACCAUGCAGUGCCACUGGUGUCCCUACAGCUGCAUGGCAGACCACUGCAUCAGGCUUGCUCACAGCUGGGAGGAGGACAGGCUUCACCAGCAGCCUGAGCAGGAGUGAGGAGAAGGGAAGUUUUGUGCUCUUCACUUUGCAUAAACUCUGCUAACAGGGGAAGGUUAUGGCAAUCUCUUGGAACAAACUUCGAACUGAACCACAGGUUAUUAACAUCCUGCAGCAAGUCAUCACUUCAGCCUAAGGGCUUGUGGAAGAAAUAAACUCUACAUGAAAACUGAAUGUAAUUAAGUCUUACAUUGAGGACCCUGAUGAGUGAUGCACAGGGAGAAGUAGAAGAUGGUGAAUUUCACAGAGAAUGCGACUGAGAAAUGCAAUAUUAAUCAUGAUAUCCACGAGACAUUAUCCCCUGUGGUGUACAUAUUUGUGUUUAUAUUAGGCUUGCCAGCUAACUGCCUGUCACUGUACUAUGGGUAUUUACAGAUCAAAGCUAAAAAUGAAUUAGGUAUUUACCUUUGCAAUUUGACUAUAGCAGACCUGCUGUACAUAUUUUCUUUGCCUUUUUGGCUUCAGUAUGCUUUACAGCAUGACAACUGGACCUACGAUGAGCUGCUGUGCAAAGUUUGUGGCAUCAUCCUGUAUGAGAACAUCUACAUCAGCGUGGGCUUCCUGUGCUGCAUCUCCAUCGACCGCUACCUGGCCGUGGUGCACCCCUUUCGCUUCCAGCGCUUCCGGACCAUGAAGGCUGCUGCCAUUGUGAGCAGCAUCAUCUGGGCCAAAGAAAUUAUCACCUGCUGCUUUGUCUUCACACACGGGGAGAUCAGCAUGGAUGCUGAGAGCCACUUGGUGUGCUUUGAGCAUUACCCCAUCAAGAAAUGGGAGCACAAUGUCAAUUACUAUCGCUUCUCUGCUGGCUUCCUUUUCCCCCUCUUUCUGCUGGCCUUCUCCUACUGUGGGAUUUUACGAGUUGUCCACAAGAGUCCUGGCACCCAGAAGAAGAAGAAAAUACAAAUUAAAAGACUGGUAUCAAGCACUGUUUUCAUAUUUUUAGUCUGCUUUGGACCAUACCACAUCCUACUUGUAGUUCGUAGCUUGUUGGAGAACAGCUGCUCAUUUGCUGAGAAAAUAUUUAAUGUUUACCAUAUUUCUCUCCUGUUAACUACUUUCAACUGUGUUGCUGACCCAGUAUUGUACUGUUUUUCCAGUGAAAGCACUUACCAGAACUUUGUCAAGAUGAGAGACUCUUGUCUAACAUGUUUAGGCCAUCUGAGUACUGAGACGAAGGAAUCCUAUCCACUAAACACUACUGAAACUCCCAACAGAAAACAGCAUGAACAACAACCAGGGUUAUUACAAAUACCACUUGAUGGUGCUGGAAUGAAGGACUGCUUCACAACUAAUGCAGACAGCCUAUAGCAUUAAUCAAAAGGACCAUAAUCCUACACCUGCAGCUAUGGAUGACCAUGCUUGUGUGUCUGUCUGAAUUUUUCAUGUAUUACAGCAGUGUGACCUCCCAAAGGCUUAUGAGCAAUGCUGUCCAGUGAAGCUGUUUCUAGAAGUGCUUGGACGCUGGCAAUAGCGAGGAAAGUUUGUGCUAAGUCAGUUCAGUUAUAAUCACAUAUCUGUUGUGCUGCCACUUAAGACCUGUUUGUCUUGAUGACUGCACUGACUGCAAUAAGCCAGUACUCACAGUGUGUAGUUCUGGUGAACUCGUCUUUAGCUGCUUUCUGUUUGCCCCUGUAGCAUCUAGAGAAAGUAAUUCUCUACAAGCUGUCAUCAUCUGUUGAAAAGGUCAGAGCCAAAAAAAAAUUAAAAUCUCCAUAUAUACUUAAAAAAAGCGCCCAAUAAACACUUCUGCAAUAUCUGUGCAACUCUCUGAAAUAACAUCUCCUUCUGCAAGUUUCAAAGCCUGCAGAGGCCACACCAGAACCAGAUUCCUAAGACAUUAUGGGAGAACAUGCACAAGGAGCUCAGCACCUGCUGAACCUUCAGGCUGCUAUUUCACUGUUGAGCCUCAGACUGUUAGACCUCAUGGUAAGGCUCCUAGAGACUUCUGGGAGUAGGAGACUGGGCUCCAGUGGGUGUCAAAAACUUGGUUUGCUGACUCAGAAGAGAACAAGAGGUUGGUAGUAAGUGAGGCAUUUUGACCCUAUGUGCUUCUCUGAGUCCCUAUGUUCAUGAAUGUGUAUUUACAUCUAAAUUUUACUACACCUUGCUAAGGUUUUGAUUGUGUCCUUUGCAAUUUGUGUAUCUUCUGCAGCACAAACCAUGCAGGCAAUUAAAUAACAAUGCAUUUGUCAGGGAAACUGUUGAAAGAAUUCUGUUUAAACCGAGGUUUUGCCCUCAGAUAAUAUAGUUUAGGGUUUGGUCAUUGUUCAGUAAAUACAGUAUCAGAAAUAUGAUGUAUGAAUGAUCUGUGUCCUGGUUUAGACAGAAACAAAAUAUAGAAGUGGAGAAUAAUGACUUUUAAAAACCUGGGAGUUGUGCUCCACAGUAUUGUUUCUACCACCACCUCCUCUCUAGGUUUCUUAGGGUUUUUUUGUUGCACAAAUGAAUCCUGUGUGAUUCUUCUUUGCAAUCUGCUUAUCACACCUCCUUUUACCUGUAGCUGUUACACUGUGAAUAUUGCCUUGUCCUUUCAAUUCUCUGGUGUUUCCUUGAAACACCUCUCUGCAUCCCAGAGCUGAUAACUUCCAGCAGUACAGUCAGUUUUGUUUCUUUGGUUUGCUUUUGAGUCAAAAGAUUGUCUAGACAGACGGUCUACUCCUGCUAUCUGAAUAUGUCAUUGUAACACAGCCUCGCUUGUCAUCAGUUUCCAAAAGGAACAUAUUCUAACAGUUUUCUGGAAACCACCUUGAGAGUGCAAUAGUGGAUAUAGUUAGUGGAUGUGUUUAAUAAAGAAUGUUUUUAUAAUUUUCUUUUUAUAUUUUUUCACACCAUGUUUGAAAUAACUAUCUUUAGCUUUGGCACACAGUUUCUAUUUGUGAGACUACAGAUCCUCUCCUCCCUCCUUUUGCAGAAAGGAUUCGUGUCCCAGUCCCCAAGAGAGGAUUAGGUUUGCUUAGGUUAACAUUAGGUUUGUUUAAUUAUUUUACAUUUCUUUAUAUUUUGACCACUUAGCUGGAUUAAUUACCUCACAUCUGCAUUUUUUUCUCCUGACUAUUAGCACUGUUUAGCUUUAUUUUCUCCUAAUUUUUCAUCUCAUCUGCUGUGUAUUCCAAGGGGGUCGUAAGGCAGGGACUCCCUCCCUGGAGUGCUGAGCUUGUACAUUGUUAAGCACCAACUCCUGGGACCCCCACGACCUGUCAGGCUGCAAGACACACAUGGUUUGUUCCAGGAUUAAAUAUUUGUUGUUGUGUUUAUGUGUUGCUUCUUUAUAGUUCCCCAUGCUGUUUAAAUUAGCUGGAAUGCAGAGCAUGCUGUACUACACGGAAUUGUCAUCUGAGGGAUUAAGGCUCAGUGGAGUUGGAACUUUGAUGUGGUCAGCUUUGGUCAGCUGCUGCAGUUUAAAAUCAGUUGGAAACUUGUGUAACACAGUGCAGCAUUCUGCUCCAGUUCCCAGCACUUAACCUGCUAACCCAGAACAGAAAGGAGGGAUUUUCUUCUUCCUUUCCCCUUUUUUUUUCUUGAGGCCAAUAUUUUAUCAAUUCUUUCUGUAUUGUAACUGUUUGGCUUAGGCUGCAAAGUGUAACCAAUACAGCAGGAAGGUAACUCCCACUCAGAGCUUUUCCUUCUGUCUCAGUCACAACACAUUCACCCAAGGGUCCUGCUAAGGUCUCAAGCACAUCUUGCUAGAGACAUGCUACACAUGCUAUUGAAGUAAAUGCCAUGCUUGGGACUGCACACAAGAAGGCAUUUUAAAAGCACACACUUGAGUAAAAGAGAAAUAAAUUAUUAUAUUUUGUACUUCUUAAUGAAAACUGACUGUUAAGACUUGUAUUUUAGGGCGAAAAAAGAGCAAAAGCUUACUAAAUUAAAUUUUCUGACAAAAGUUAGUGCUUGGAAAUAAUACAUUGCACCUGUUAGUGUAACAUGUCAGUAGCGCAGAGAGAAUAAAAUCAGCUGCUUGUUUUAAAAUGAUGCCAAUUUCAUCCUGUGAGUUCUGUGCAGCAGUGAACAUAUACCAUCCUGCGGGGUUACUGGCUUUGGCAAAAAUUUCAAGCAUUCAUAUGAAGUAUUUUACUUAAUUUGGAGUUUGGAGACUCCUAAAAGAGAUAUUUCUAAUUGUUAAACUUCCAAGAUACUUUUCUGGAUCAUCCUUUGCGUAAGUUUUAGAUAAAAUUAAUCUAAAAAAAAAAAGACUGAUCUAUAUAGAAAAUAAACAUUGGAGUCUUUGAUAAACCUAAACGUCUAACAGAAGUCUGGCAUUAAGAGGCAUUAAGAUUUUUUUCUGUCAUGUGUUCAACUAUUUUACAUCUUUAAAGGCUCUGUAUCCACAGGAGAUUAAUGUUCAAAAUAUGCUGGUGUUUGAGGUAUGAAAUUAUUUUUCUCAUUCGGAAAAAGUUGUUUGUCUUGCAUCCAGGAAGGAAAAUAAAACUCACCUGCCAGGAAGAAAAGAGAUAAAAAGUGUGCUCGCUGCUGAAAGUCCAACCAAAGGCAACUUCCAUUUUAUGACAGGUAAAGCACCAGUGCUCUAGGGGUGGUCAAAUGUACCCUCCUCUCUCUGCUGGGAGGGCUGACAGCCAGCAGAGCUGUAGUGCUGCCACUCACCUGGAGUUAAGGUAAAAUUACAGCUUUAAAUGACAAAAGCUGGGCACAGUUCACAACCAUUUGUCACUUACUGCUUCAGUGUUAGUAAUCCUAUGGGACAAAAUUCAAUGUUACUUCACUUGGUCUUGUCAGGAGCUGAACUUCUAAAACACGAAUUCAUGUUAAAGUUUAUUUACAUAAUGUUAUUUCAUAAUGAAUGCAAAUGUUUAUUCCUUUCUAAUCAUACUUUAAUUUCUAAUCAUUAAUUUUAAUCAUUAUUUUUGUAUUAAAUUAAUUUCUUGGUAAGAACAGGAUACUCUGAAAUGUCUACAACUUUAUUAUGCAUAAAGUGGCAAAAUAUAUAAGUGGCAAAUUACUAAUAUGAAAGGGGGUAAUGGCACAGCCAACCCUUUACACAGAAGAUCUGCAAUGCUGCCCUUAUUUUCAUUAGCUCAGUUAAAAUUUUCUCCUUCUCUCCUCACACUUCACGAACUAUCCCCCACCAUAAGAACACCGUGUUAGAGGGGGCUACAGGAAGUGUGCAAUGCAGCUCUCACUACUGUAACGCUGCAGUUUUGUUUUGAAUCUUCCUCUCUACUGUAGCUGUUUUCCUCACCACAAGUAUUUUUAAAUCCAAGUUGCUAUGAGAGUUACUUCCUGUUGCAGUUAUGAGGUUAGUAAAACAAGAACAGCAGUGCAAUCAUAUCUCAUUGUAAUUUCAUGUUUUCAUUGUAAAAGCCAGAUCACCCCUUAUUAUAUAAUAUCAUUUAAUAUUCAUUUUCCAUUAUAAAAUUAUAAAAUUACAAAAUUCAAUUUUCCAUUAUAAAAUUACAAAAAAGAAAGGUAAGAAAGGUAAACCAAGUGGAUGAUAUCCUCUUCUUGUUUCACAGAGAUGUUGUAAAGAUAACAAUGAAAGGCUGUGUGUGGUCCAGAGAUAAAAAGUCAUCUUUUCAUGAUUUUUUACACCUUGAGAGAGCCUCAAAAAUAAGGGAAUGACAUGGGAGCAACUCUUCAUGUAGAAAUCAUUAGGGGCAGUCACUGCUGUGCUUCCUGCAGCAGCUGCUCAAUCAUGAGUGAAUGGGUGCUGUAGAAGGGCAGCCCAUCCACUUCCAUCUCCAGACUGGCAGUUUUGCCACUGCGGACCCCGAGCUGCACAAGUGUUUUCAGAAGCUUUUCUUCCUUGAAAAACAAAGAAACAGAGUAUAAUUAAAAUUCUGAAUCAGACAAGGGCAGUCAUCAAGAUUUUUGGGAGAGACUGCCCAAAUCGUUCAUAUUUAUUUUGCCAUCAACUUGCAAGUACUAUCUUGUCCCAAAGAAUAUGUUUAGCAGCUGGAGCUCUGGGAGUGUCAGAUGGUUUAUAAUCUUGACUGCUAUUUAACCACUGAAUAUUAUUUUUCUCCACACUGCCUCCAACAGAGCAUUAGUGUCAAUUCAGAAAAAUCAAUUUUUUCUUGGUUUCAAGUUCCUAUAUUGCACAAAUCAGAAUCAGAGGAACCUCCACUCAAAGUAUCUCAAAAAUCCAUCUGUGGUUUCCCCAGCCAGGCAGCUGGCUGCGGCUGCAAUUUUAUAGAAAAAGACAGAAGGGAAGGAGGGUGCACCAGGAAAAAAGGUUACAGAGAGCACCUGGGAUGGGCUGCACACUCACUAUCCUUUCCUGCAGUUUCUCUGAUCUCUCUAUGCCUUUGGCCCUCUCUUCCCUUCUCAUUAUUGAUUUUAUGAGAAUUCUGGUUGCUCAGGGAAGGAGUGAGGAAAAAACAGCCUCGGAAAUUGUGCUUCCUUGGCAUGCUCUGAACUAGCAUAUGCUUUGUUUAGAACUACACUUAUGCUCUUGCUUAACUAAUAUAAGCACAUAACAAAGCGUGUUCCAAGUUGAGCUGUAAAACUACACAGAAGGAACAAAAUAAUUUUUUGUGAGCUAUGGACCAGUUAGCAUUGUGAGAUGAAAAGAUGGGAUAAAAUGAGCUCUGAAAAAAACACAGGGAACAGUGAAAUUUGAAGAUCUGGUUUCGAGUGAAUGUAUGUCUGGCACAAGCUGCACUGCUUUUCAUGUGCCAUGAAAUGUACACAGUAAAACUUCCUGUUUUUUAGCAUUUACUGUAGUGAGAAUUUAUUCCUUGAAUUCUGUUAAUGAAAGUCUAAGAAAACUAAAAACCUGGUCACUUGUUAGGUUUCCCUAUGCCAGCCCUGUGAUAGGUUAUAUAAGACCUUGAAACACUCACCUAUCUAUCUUUUCCUCUCUUUCUUUACUAGGAAAGCCCUUUCUGGGCUUUGUCUACUGUGCCAUUUCCAUGCAAAUUGCUACUGCCACAAUCCUGCCAGUGUCCUUGACAAAGAGCUCUCUAGGUUUUAACACUUCAUAGUUAACAUUACCACACAAUAACCUAGAAGUUCUUUAUCUCCUGGACACAUGAAUGAUGAAAAAAAAAAAGUAACGUUAAAAUAUCUAAUUUUCUCUUAUCAAAUGUUAGCACUUUUUCUAGGAACACUCCUAAACCACAAAGAAUACAUUAGCUGUGGAUCUGAAUUGAGACACAAUAUGGCUGUAUUUUACCUAAUGGUAAAAUGGCCAAAAUAUAGUAAUUUCUGAAUGAAGCAAAGCAUGCCCUGCGUGAUCAAUUCAGUUUAAUUUUGUAACCUGCUCUGUGAACGUACUUUCUAAAGAUCUGUCUUUUAUUUCCUGGUAAUUCAUCCUAAUUCUUAGCUGUAACAAAAUUAAAUGAUGCUCUGGUUUUCUACUAAAGGAAAAAUAUGCAUAGUUACAUGGUGUCAGCAGUGACACAGCUAUUUCAGGAAAUUAUCUGGAUACACUGGUAGCUUAAAAUUUGCUACUUUAUAAUUAAUAAAAUUAUAAAUGCACAUCGGUUUAUAUCAUAUAAACGAUCAUAUACAUAAAUGCAAAUAUAUACAACUGAUCUUUCUGCACAACAGAGGUUUCUCUUAGCACUGAGUGUACCCAAAUGCAAAAGGGCAAAGGAGAUCUCUCCUGUCACAAGAGACACCUAAAUUGGAUACACAAAAUGUAAUCUCUAAUACGAAUAGUUUGUGCUACAUAUUUACAUAUUAGAGCUCUCUGGUCUGCUUAUAUGAGGUAAAAAAGUUUGCUUGCUUAAUACUACAUAACUGUGCCUGAGAAACCAUAGCCUGCCAUAAAAUGCUACAGCUUCCAUUUGUAAUAAGCAAACGCAAUGUACAGCAGGCUUCCUUAGCUGUACAGUGCUGCAAUUUGACCACAGCUUUCUCUUUAGUAAAUAAUUAUGUUGGGAGUGGGUAACUGGAAAAAUAAUCAUAUUAAUAGAAAAAUAUCAUGUUAGUUUGUGCUUUAUUCAAGGGGGAAAGCUUCUUUAUGAAUGACAAAGCUAAUAAAGCACACUAAAAAUGUCACACCUAUAUAUAUUUAUAAUAUAAUUAAUAUUCUUAUAGUUCAUAAUUAAAAAACACUAUACAGGUAAUAUGUUGCCAUUAAUAAAGACUUCAAUAAGAGGAGAAAUGCUUUAUAUAUUAACCUGUUUGUGAGAUGCAAUAAAAUGCAGAGUUGACUGUAAUAUGUUAGCAUUAGCUACAUUUGGAUAUGUAUGAAUGAAUGAAUUUCAUUACAGUCACUUUGGUGUAAAAGUACUAUGAACAUCUGAAAAACCAAGCCAAUACCAUAAUCAAAUGAUUAGGUAAGCAAAGAUAAAGGUAAAGAGAUUGUUGAGGUCCAGUUGUUUGCUGCUCCUGCAGCUCUCAGCACAGAACAAAUGCUUUGCAGCAUCUCUCGUGGUGUGGAAAGGCUCACACAUGAACUCAGGGCAAUCUGAGUUUGCUGUUCAGUGGGGAGGGAGAGCUCUGCAGUUCUGGGGUUUGGCAGUGCAAUCCUGACACUGCUUGAACACCAGCCUGAAGGGAAAUAAUGUUGGUGUUUCAGGGGAAGUCUUCACUUAGUAAUUAUGACCUGCAGCAUUCAUGGAAGUGCCAUUUUUUGAAGAAAAAUAAAACACAUUAUAAGAAAGCUCUCUGGUGCUAAGGGACUCCUUCAAAUGUCCUCUUUCCAAUUACAAUCACAAAUAUAAACACCAAGAUGGAUCUGUGUGGUGUUGCUCUUUCUCUCACUAGGGUAAUUAUUAUAGCAUUAAAUGAAGCUGAAUUUUGCAGAAAGUAGCCAUAUAAACACAAAUGGUCUGAUUUUUUAUACUAAUGGACUACGUGAAUACUAAUGUAUUCAAUCUUCUGCACUGUUCAUUGUUGUGUGAUUUAUAAUUAAAGAUAUCAUAUUUUCUUGUCAGACAUUUUGUCAUUUUCUCUCCUCCACAAAACUGUUUCCAUUAAUUUUAUCUCAACAGAUUUUAGUAUUGCACUUUCAGUAGCCCAUUAUUGGAUCAUUAAUAUUCCCAGCUGUAUAGCUUAGUAAAACAAAAACAAGGUUUUCCUGUACACAAUAUAACAUUUAAUUACAGUAUCUCAUUACCAGGAAUUUUGAUCACAGUCAUUUUAGAAUGCAUUAAUUUAAAGGUCAAAAACCAGUAGAUGCAACUGGAAAAAACAUUGAAAACUGAAAAAUAAUUAAUUUGUUUUAUAAAAAAGAGUGUGUUGAAAAGGGCCAUAUAAGCUUUGUUAAGCUAUAUGGCUAUGCCAAGUGUUGGGAUCAGUUUCAGUUUUAUGACCUUUAGAUGAAAAACUAAGAUAGCAAGAAUUUAAAAAAAAAUAGUGAGGUCUACUCUAAAACAUGUAAAAGGUGCUUUGUUGGAAUUUCAUGCAGAAUGUCCCAUCAUCUCAGGAGACAAACUUCUUUGUUUUGGACAGUAGCUGAGGUAGAUGGAUUGCAUUUUGCUUAGCAUCCUUGGACGUCACACACUUAAUGGGUUUGUCCAAAUCUCAGCUAAUAAAGCUGAAUCUUGAAAUCUUGAAGCUCCUUAUUUAUUGCAGAGUUGUGGAGCAAAUCUUAAUCAUUAACUUAAUCAUUAGGGGGUGUGUGUGUGUGUGUAUAGACAGAUUUUUUUUUAACCACUGUCAAGUUAAAAAUAGAGGCACGUGCUUAGCAGGAUGAGCACAGAUCAGAGUCAUUUCUCACCCCUCUCACUUAUUUUGCUUUUUCUCAGUCUGAAACCUUUGCAUUCCCAGAAUAUCACACUGUACAGAGCUGCAUUAGUCAAAACACAUUUAAAAAUAUUCAUGUACAAGUUUUUCUCCAACUUUAAUUUAGAAACAUUCAAAA